AUGAACUCUUUAGCGGAUGGCUAUUGGAUUGCAGAGCAGCUGCGGCGAGAGAAUCUGGAUUACUAUGACGUUCUCAGCAGCGUCUCGGUGCGGUUUGAGAACCAUGGUGGUGACAACGAAAGCGCUUUGGUUUACAUCUCACCGCACCUGGAGUUGGAUUUGACGCCUUCCGAGGAUGGGAAGAAGGCCUUGAAGGCGGUCCGCUUCUCUGUGAAGAGUGGACAGUAUGCUCCUCCAAUGGAUGCCCGAACAAGUGCAAAAUUCUUCCAGGCCCGGCGGCGCUUCUACGAGUUAAUGUAUGAGCCACAGCAUCAUGCAAAGGUGCAGCUGAAAGCGGGCGAGAUGGUGGCAUUUGACAACCGCCGGAUUCUUCAUUCCCGGACCCAGAUCUUACCUACUGACGGGGAGCGCUGGAUGCAAGGUACCUACUUUGACCGAGAUGGUUUGUGGUUGACCUUCGAGCGAUUGCGAAGAAGAGUUGCCAAGUCCGUUGUGCAUUAG